AUGAAUCUGUCCGAUUCGAACUUCAGCGACUGCGAGUCCGAUCUUUCCGACCCGGACUUUUUUUCCUACCGAUAUCGUGCGAUCGGCACGUUUUUCCAGGGGAUCAUCUUCGUCGUGGGCGUCCUCGGGAACGCCAUGGUCGUCCUCGUCGUCUCCAGGGUGAGGGCGUUGCAUUCUCCGACGAACUGUUACUUGGUGAGCCUUGCGAUCGCGGACUCCGUCGUCCUCGUCGCCUCGGUCCCGAACGAAAUAUUGAGCUAUUAUUUGGUAGGAAAUCAGUGGGUUUGGGGCGACGUCGGUUGUUCUCUGUUUAUCUUCUGCCAGAAUCUGGGCAUAAACGCUUCUUCAUUGAGUUUGGUCGCGUUUACGGUCGAGCGUUACAUCGCCAUAUGCCAUCCGAUGACGGCCCAUAAAAUGUGCACCACGGGCAGGGCGAAGAAGAUCACGUUGGCCGUCUGGUUGACCGCGACCGUGUACUGUUCGCCGUGGCUCGCUCUAACAGUGACCAGGCCCUUGAAAUACCGGGGCUACCCAGAUGCCAGGGAGUGCGUUUUUCGCUGGCCGCGUAACCAAUAUCUCAUUGUGUUCUUUACGGACCUUGUCAUGUUUUACGUAAUCCCUCUCGUAUUAUCGUGCAUUCUCUACUGUCUGAUAAGUUUGACGAUCGUGAAUCGAAAAGUCGUCUCGGCCGAGGGUAAUAAACGGCCGAAAAUGUUGCUGGACAGCACGAAUACCCAUUCGAAAACCAAG